AUGGGAAAGAUAUUUAUUUUAUUUUUUAUUAUUAAUUGUUUAAAUAUAUUAUUAACAGAAACUUCAAGAUCAUUUCUUGGAAAAUUAUCUAAUACACAAUGUUUCGUUUAUAUACAAUCAUUUAAUGAUUUUGUCAAUUUUGAGGAACCUUCAUAUGUCAUUCAUGCUUCAUGUAAAUAUUGUGUUGUUUAUAAAUUAGAUAGAGAUCUUGAAAAAUCAGAUGAAAAUGAAAAUAUUAAUAAUGAAGAUUCUAUUAUUCCAAUUAAUAAAAAAUUUAAUAGUAUUGCUUUUGGAUGUAUAGGAGAAGGGCAUGAUGAAAGUUUGGUAUUGACAAAAACUUCUUUAAUACCAUUAAAUGAUUGUUAUUUACAUGAUGAAAAUAAUGAUAAUAUGCUUUACUGUACUGAUUAUGUUUGUUGUUGUAGGGGUCUUGGUUGCCAUGAUCAAUUAAAAAAUAAAGCAAGACUAGAUGUUAUAACUAAUCAAGAUCAAAAAUGUUUUAUUGAAAGGCAAUUAUUAAAAGAAAGUAAUGUAGAAUUACAAUAUGAAUAUAAUAGUCAUGCAUUUAUGAGAUAUCAUUGUGGUGCUUGUGGAUUAAUUAUUAAAAAUAAUUAUUUUGAAACAUUAUGUAUUGAUGAAAUAAAUGUUGAAAUGUCAUGUGGUAAAUUUAAUAAUUUUGUUGGAGGAAAAUUAGCUUGUAAUGCUGAUGGAACAAAUUGUUGUUGUCGUGAUAAUUCAAUUAAUUGUAAUGAAGAUUUUAGAAAGUUUGCUCAUAAUGAUACUAAAAGUUUAGGAUUAUCAACUAUAAAAUCAUCAUACACAAACUCUUCCACUCCUUUUCUAUUUAAUUUUUUGUGGAUUAUAAUUUUAUUUUAUAACUUGUAA